GAGCUUGCAUUUUUAGAGGUAUGAAGAGCACCAGGACAUGAAGAUUGUGCUAUCCUAAGUGCUGUGCGAAAGUUCCCCGUUGGGAAAUGGCUGCCAGUCAUCCUCCUUGCUGAUAAAGCUGUUGUUCAUCAAAGCCUCAGGAGAUGGAAAAGAAAAGAUGGGCUGAAGAGAAGUUCUCAGUAGGAUCUGGUCCUUCUGGAAUGGCAGAGUAAGCAAAGUCAAGUUAAUAUGGUGCAGGUGACCAUCCCAAACAGUGUUGUGAAUGUGACUGUUGGAUCCAAUGCUACACUUGUCUGCACCUACACCAGCACUGUGGCCUCCCGGGACAAGCUCUCAAUCCAGUGGUCAUUCUUCCACAAGAAGGACUUUCCGCCAGCUUCCCACGGCCCGUGCCUCAAUACUGAGGGUAUGGAGGAAAAGGCAGUCAGUCAGUGUCUAAAUAUGGCGCAUGCAAGAGACACUCGGGGAAGAUGUAGCUGGACCUCUCAGAUUUACUAUUCUGAAGGUGGACAAGCCGUAGCCAUCGGGCAAUUUAAAGAUCGAAUUGUAGGGUCCAACGAUCCAGAUAACGCAUCUAUCACCAUUUCGCAUAUGCAACCAGCAGAUAGUGGUGUCUACAUCUGUGAUGUUAACAACCCCCCUGACUUUGCCGGAAAGAAUCAAGGCAUCCUCCAAGUCAAUGUGUUAGUCAAACCUUCUAAGCCCUUUUGCAGCAUCCAAGGAGUCCCAGAAACUGGCCAUCCGAUAUCUCUUUCUUGCCUCUCUGUGCUUGGGACACCUUCCCCUGUGUACUACUGGUAUAAACUCGAAGCUGGAGACAUCAUCCCAGUAAAAGAAAACUUCAACCCAGCCACUGGGACUUUGGUUAUUGGAAAUCUGACCAGUUUUGAACAAGGUUAUUACCAGUGCACGGCUAGCAACAACCUUGGCAACAGUUCCUGCGAAAUUGACCUAACUUCUUCCCAUCCGGAAGUUGGAAUCAUCAUUGGGGCGCUGGUGGGUACCCUGGUGGGUGCUGCCAUUAUCAUCUCUGUUGUAUGCUUCGCAAGGAGCAAGGCAAAGGCCAAGGCAAAGGGGAAGGAGAGGAAGAGAAAUUCAAAAACCAGCACAGAACUUGAACCAAUGACAAAGAUAAACCAGAGUACAGAGCUCGAGGCAAUGCCGGCCGAACACGUUCUCCAACUAGAAGCGACUCUGCCAUCUUCUGGCCGGGAGAAUGACCCCGAUACCAUCCUGGGGCCAGAUCACGAGCCUAUCCCCGAGCCUGAGUCUGUCCGAGAGCCCGCCCCACAGCCUGCCCCGGUGCCUGAGCUCGAGAUAGAGCUGGAGCUCGAGCCCGAGCCCGAGCCCGAGCCCGAGCCCGAGCCGGAGUCUGAGCCCGAGCCCGGGAUUGUAAUGGAGCCCUUGUGUGACAGGGAAAAGGGAGUGAAUAAGCCAUAGGCUGCUAGCCUAAGUACAGUGUUCAUCAGUAAGAAACCCAUUACUGGCAUUUGGAGUUGCCCUAAUCAAUCUCCCACCACGCCCCUCUCUUCUGACCUGCCCUCUUCUAACAAGGUGCUCCUUACCAUGGAUCCAAAAUAAACAAGUCAAGAUAAAUGCAAGGGUUCCUGCGUUACUUACACUUUUACUAACAUGCAAGCGUGACUAAUGACAAAGCAAGUGAUUUCUAAUUCGGUUGAAAGCGUUUUGCAGCAAUAUCUCCAUUGUACUUUGGAAAAUCUUAUUUCUCUAUUUUCAGCUACUCUGUUACAUUCCGCACGCAUACAUGACAAGGUGGCAUUGAUUGGAUCCAGUGUUAUUCCUAAGAUCAGUUGGUCAGGGCUUCCCUAAUUCAUUUUCACAUUGGCCACGAAGACAAGAAUUUGCCAGCAUUCUCUGAGAUUGGGGGUAAAAAAAAUCCUCAAAAAUUCCAGAGGAGAAUAUGUAAAGGGUACAUAUUAAAAUGGGUACCUAUUUAAAAUAUUAAAAUUAAUAUUAUAUUAGAUUUCCCAAGGGACCACCCUGCUAUAGGGUUUGCUUGAGCAUAGCAAAAUUUUUAAAUCACCUAAUUUUUAAAUGCAAGAUAAUGUACAGGCGAACAAUUCCAAAUAACAUGUUCCUUCGGUGACCACAAAAUGUUGAUAUCAUGGGUGAUGUACCAUUUAGCUUUUAAUGAGAUGUUAUCACUAUGUCUGAUGCUACUUUAGAAGGGCCAGAAUAGAUGAAUUAAUGAACACAGAAUUAAUGAACACUUAAGAUCUGUUUUAGAUAAUCUGAACUAAUUAUUUAAUCUGUUUCACUGGUGAGAUAGUCCACAUUAAUACAUACCAUUCUUGUAUAAAUGCUAAAUAUUAACUAACAUGCUAGAAUGUUUUUCCCAUUGAUCAUAUUUUCCCCACAUUCCACCUUGAAGAAAUUUAUAGGUAGACUUUUUCAUUUGUGUAAUCAGAUGUAAAUCUUAUUUUGAGGCUCAAUACUCAAUAAAAUCGUAUUUGAAUGA